GAUCGCAACGGUCCGUUAGGAAGAGUGACAAAUCCGAGGAGCGCCACGCUCGUAUUGCGCCGCGUGGCUUUCCGCCGAAUUCCGCUUUUUUGCAUCAUAAUUUGACAGCUUGGCGGAAUCACGGAAUGGUAUUGACAAGAUAUGGUCAUGAUCAGAAAUAUAUAAAGGACCUUUGAAGUCAUUCUCCACAACCCCUUCCCUAUCAAACCCCUCCCUCACCCUGCUCGCAACAAUGGCAAACACACUCAUCGCCCGUGAAUAUACCAUCGACCCAAACGCAAAUCUAACGUCAGACAUUCGUGCUGCAUUAGAACGUAUCAACGAAUUCGGACCGUAUGGCUAUCGACCUGAUUUAGGUGCUGCGAUCGUAUUCUGCGUCGUGUUUGGAACACUGGCAAGCAUUUUGACAUAUCAAGGUAUCCGAUCAAAACGUUGGUGGCUAUUGGGCACUUUGGCAUUCGGUUCAUGGUGUGAAUGCGUAGGAAAUGGCGUUCGAAUUUAUGGUCAUUAUCAUCCUGAUGUCACCGAUCCAUACAUCGCACAACAGUGUAUUUUGGUACUCACACCGGCAUUGUUUGCGGCUGCUCAUUUUACAAUUUUGACGAAAAUGUGUCAUCAGUACGGCGCAAAGUAUAUCACUCCAUUCCGCCCGGCUUGGUUGGUUCCGUUGUUUGUCGUUAUGGAUCUGGCUUCACUCGCCAUUCAAGGCGCCGGAAGUGGCUUAGCAGCAACUGCAGAGAUUGAUAACAAGCCAGUAUAUACUAUCAACAAUAACGGAAAUGUCGUGGUUGCAGGUUUAGCAAUUCAAUUAGCCGGUUAUUUGGCUUUCAAUACACUCUUUAUACUUUUCAUCAAGCGUGCCAUCGAAGAUAAACGGAAAGGGGAAGCACCGUGGUUUAAUGCCCGUCAAAAGUUGUUCUUCACCGCCGUCUACUCAUCUGCUCUUCUGGUACUAGGCCGUUCAGCUUUCCGAACAGCAGAAAUGGCAAAAGGAUGGGUAGGAGAAGUUGCAACGACGGAAUGGUAUUAUCUGGUAUUUGAUGCAACUUUUGUCGCUUUGGCCGUGUUGAUCGUGACCGUGGUUUCUCCUAUAUACUAUCUGGAUGAAACGAAAGCAUCUCCCAAAGAAAGUCAAUCAGAAGCACAAUCUGGACAAGCUACCACGACAACCUCAUUUGAACAUACUCGUGAUGCUUCCGAAAAGGCUUGAGCCUGGUUCCUCUUUAUGAUCCACAUUGUACAUUAGUCUGUCCCAAUAGAGUUUAUGAUUUUAAUGAAUAUCAUUGUUACGAUGAUGGUGGUGAGAGCAUUUGUUCGAAUACCGCCGGCUUUGGCUGCACGCAUUCCUGUAGAAUUCGCAAGAUGAACCCUUUAGUGCAGAGUACUGAUGUAUUCGAUCAUCUGCCUGCAUCAUGCACUGUUUUUGUUAUUUCAUUCUCGCGCGUAAAGUGCCUCUUCCAACUCAUACAGAAAAGGGGUUCAUGUGGUGUGUUUUGCCCCUUUGGCGCGGCGGCGGCCUUUAGCCCAGAGUAGAGGAGAGCAAGCAGCAAGUUUACAAAUCUCACAGGCAGGCUGGCUGGCUGGGCGCAUACACACAAAAAAGCAAACGUGACGGUUAUGAAUGGAAUUCAAUAACAAAUUUUAUA